UACACGACAGCUUUGCAAAAUACUUUUCAAAUGCAGUUGAUAAUUGCGCUCCGGACAGUAAUUUCCCAGCUUUUGUUAGCUGCGGUGUCAAUGAACAGUCAUAAUUCAACGCCUAAUAAAUACAUCCUGAUGAACGUCAAGGAACCGUUCUUCAAAGCAUGGAGAAACUGUCAAUUUUACGGCCUUCAGCUGGCAUCCGUGACAUCGCCCGAAGAUAAUCGAAUGCUUAGCGAACUGGUCAACAUGCCAAUCCACGGCAACAGCACAUUCUGGUUAGCUGGAACGGAUAUCGGUCGAGAAGCAAAAUGGCUCUGGAUCACGACGAACAAACUGGUUGUUCUGUACAGCCACUGGGGCGGUAUGGCUCCGGAAUAUGACGACAAGCAAAAUUGCAUGGCCGCUGGACUGUUUGUGGAAGACAAAACGCUGUGGGCAGACAUUCCCUGUGAGGAGUCUCAUCAAUACGUUUGUCAGGAAAGUUCUGUGAAAAAUGCAGUCAUCCCGUUUUUGUCAGGGCGUCUGAAACUUAACAAUACAAAAGUAUAAA